CAAUAAACAUUAACUAACUACGUACAGUGACAUUGGAGUACUGAAUCGACCGUGGCUGAUAGUGAAACCAGGCGGAAAUCGAUCACAGACCGCCCAGACAGCCUCCAACUGAUGCCCGAUCAUCUAAAGAACGAGUUUAUGCUUUCAGCCGCACUCCAUACUUGAAGAAAACGCGGUUUUUGUCACUGUACAAGCAUGAAUUCAGCCGGGCUGUUAUGUGAAACCGAGCGGCCGCGUCACCGUCCUUUCCUGAUCGGGGUGAGCGGAGGAACAGCAAGUGGAAAGUCCACAGUGUGCGCAAAAAUCAUGGAGCUGUUGGGUCAGAAUAAGGUGGAUCAUCACCAGAGGAAGGUCACUAUCGUCAGCCAGGACAGUUUCUACCGGGUUCUCACUCCAGAACAGAAGGCCAAAGCGUUGAAAGGCCAGUACAACUUUGACCAUCCAGAUGCGUUUGAUACAGAGUUAAUGUGUCAGACGCUGAAGGACAUCGUAGAAGGAAAGGUGGUGGAGGUUCCUACAUAUGACUUCGUCACCCAUUCCAGGCUGCCAGAGAAGAUAUGUGUGUAUCCCGCUGAUGUGGUGCUGUUUGAGGGGAUUCUGGUGUUCUACACACAGGAAGUCAGAGACAUGUUCCACAUGAAGCUGUUUGUGGACACAGACUCAGAUGUACGCCUGUCUCGCAGAGUUCUGCGUGACAUGAGAAGAGGUCGAGAUCUGGAACAGAUUCUCACACAGUACACCACGUUUGUUAAACCAGCUUUUGAGGAGUUCUGCCUUCCGACCAAGAAAUAUGCAGAUGUCAUAAUACCGCGUGGAGUCGAUAACAUGGUGGCAAUCAACCUGAUUGUGCAGCAUAUUCAGGACAUCCUCAACGGUGAUAUCUGCAUAUGGCAGAGGGGUUCUGUCAAUGGACACGCCCAUGGGCGGAGUCUAAAGAGGGGCGUGGCCGAACACAAUGAGAACUCUAGCGGAGGUGGGAUUGUCCCAGUGAAACGCCCCCUACUGGAGCCCAGCACGCGACCACAUUAAAACACACACACACACUAAAAAAACAAACAAAAACAAAAAAAAAAAGUCUCAUAAGAUCAAAAGACCUAAAAGCUUGAAUUUUUCUGCAUGCUUCCAACACAAUCUCUGUCAGGCUCACUUUUCAUAGAAUUUAAAGGAAUAUUUUUCAUUUUUUGGUGAACUGUUCCUUUAAGAAUGCCUUCUGCUUCUUAUCUAGCGUGACCUUUAACCUGUAGUCACAUCUUCCUCAAAGAGGAACUGUGCUGUAUAUAUAAAAUAGUCCUACAUUACUCGUCAGAUGCGAAUCAGAUUAAUCUUGUUUUGUUUCUAUUGUCAAGUAUAAUGGCAUUUUAAAGACCUGAAACAAAGUUUCAGUGCUUCUUAUGGGUGUUCCUGCCUUGUCUAGAUCAUAAACUCUUGUUUGGUCAGGAUGAGACGUGAAAUAGAUGAAGUAAAAUACUUCUAGUGAAUUAAAGUGAUAGUUUAGUAUUUAAAAUAUUACUCUCACUAUCACUGAUGUGACUCUUUAUUUUUAAUGUGCUGUAUAAUUUAUGUUGUCCACAUCACUCUGUAAUUUGUUUCUAAAUGUAAAUAGUAUAAAAUAGUUAAUUUGUAAACAGGUUUUGCAUUUUUCUUGUACAAACCUUUUUUAAAUAUUAAAGAGAACAUGCUUACGUGA